GUUUAGCAAUCCACAUAAUUAUUCACAUCAUCCUUACAUGGAUAGAAAUGUUAAAACAACACCCAAUUCAACUCGACUCAAUCAAAUUCAGCCCAAAAAAAUUCGAUUCAAAUUUCGACUAACUUAGACAUAAUAAUUUAACAUAACUCCUUAAUUUAACAUAAAUAAUUUAACAUAACUCCUUAAUUUGACAUAAAUAAACUAACUUAGACAUAAUAAUUUAACAUAACUCCUUAACUUAGACAUAAUAAUUUAACAUAACUUAGACAAAAAUAGACCCAGCUUAACUUUACCGAAUUCAAUCUAACAUCCGAAUUAACACCUAUACAGCACUAGUAGUGCCCUACUGCUUCACUCAUAGUCACUUAAGCGACGCCCUUUCAUACGAUCAUACGUCCCACACACAAUUACACAAACAGUUGAGUACGGAGAAUAUAAAAUUUACAACAAACCCAAUAUUCAAUUCCAAAAAAAUAAACCCCAUUACACUCCCAUGCAACAAAUCACAUAACACAACAACCAUGAAACUUCCCACCAUCCCCAAACUCCCACUCCUCCUUCUCCUCCCUCCUCUCUUCAUCUUCCUCACCUUCCUCUCUCUCUCCUCAACCCGACCCAAACCCGCCGACCUCAUUAUCCGACCCGAUUACACCAACUCCUACCAAUCCUACCUCACCCACCAACUCCACAAAACCCUAAACCCUAAACUCCGUAAAAUCUGGCUCACCCGAGAUUGGACCCGUAAAAUCCACGUUUUCUCUCUCUUCUUUCUCUCUCUUCAAAACUCCCACCUUCUCUCUAACCACUCCAAAGCCCUCUGCAUCGGGGCUCGAGUCGGGCAAGAAGUCGCCGCGCUUAAACGAGUCGGAGUGAGUGACUCAGUUGGGAUCGAUCUGGUGCCGUAUCCACCGUUGGUUGUUUUCGGGGACUUUCAUUCUCAGCCGUUCGAUGAUGAGGUUUUUGAUUUUGAGUUUUCGAAUGUGUUUGAUCACGCGCUUUUUCCGGGGAAAUUUGUGGGGGAGAUCGAACGGACGUUGAAGGUUGGUGGGGUUUGUGUGUUACACGUGGCGGUAUCUAAGCGGGCUGAUAAGUAUUCUGCUAAUGAUUUGUUCAGUGUUGAUCCGUUGGUUAAGUUGUUUAAGCAUUCUGAGGUGGUUUAUGUUAAGGGUAUUGAUGGGUUUGGGCUUGAUACUGAGGUCGUUUUUAGAAAAAUUAAAAAAUUUACUCGUAUUUGAUUUAUUCAUUGAUUUUAUACCUUCAUUAAAUUUAGUGUCUUAAAAAAAAAAAAAAUAUUCCCAAGGAAUGAUUAUUGGUUUUUGAUUAUUGAUAUAAAUAGAAAGUUUAUUAGUGUAUGCUUGUAUCGGUUGUACGUUAUUGUGGUGUCAUGAGAUUGGAGUUGAGUGUGUGGUACGAAUUACAUACUUGUAAGUUGUAUCGGUUGUAUGUCGUUAUUGUGGUGUCAUGAGAUUAGAGUUGUAUAAAAGUUAUUGUUAAACGACAUGUAUGAUGAGUUUACGAGUAAUUGGUUAUUUGGAUGGGCAAAAAAAUACCUUUGCGAGUAGAUGAUUGUUUAUUUGAUUGUUGAAAGUAUAAUAUAUUACGAUAUAACUCAAUAUGAAUGUUCAGUUGAUUAUUACUUUA